UCCCCGGCCGCUUUUAUCGGGCAUUCAAGCGCUGCAGAGCGUACGCAUCAUAUAGCAGUAGCGCAUCGCUGCCGCAAUUGACGUACGGUCCUCAGCAACGAGGUGUCGUAAACUGUGCAGAGCUCUCUGGCUGCCACCGGUCGAUUGCGCAAGCGUUUCGCGGUCCAAACGCAUCGCUAACGGCUCACAAAAGGAUGUCCGCCACCACCGUAGCCUUGGACGUCGCCUGCGGCGGCGUCUCGACGGCCGUCGUCUCGGCGGUCCUGAAUCCGACCGACGUCAUCAAGACGCGGCGCCAGAUCGUCGGGUUCUCCGGCGCGUCGCCGCUGGACAUGGCGCGCGCCGUCGCCCGCGCCGACGGCUUAAAAGGACUAUGGUUGCCGGGCCUGCAGGCGACGGUCCUGCGCGAGCUGCUGUACAGCGGCUGCACGAAGGGCCUCUACCCCUAUGCGCGCGACGCGGUCGCUGGUGAAGAGGACGCGUCGCUCGCGCAGCGGGCGCUCGCGGCGGCGCUGACCGGCUUCGGGGGAUCACUCUGCGCGAACGCCGUCGACGUGGUUAAAGUAAAGCAGUUCGACAGCGGCAGCAACCGGAGCGUCGUCGCGGCGAUGCGCGACGUCGCCCGUGCCGAGGGCGUCGUCCGCGGGCUGCUCGUGCGGGGCGUGUCGGCGUCGGCGCCGCGCGGCGCCGCCAUCGCGAUCGGUGAGGUGACUACCUACGACUACGCGAAGUCGCGGCUCGCCCGGCACCCGGCCUUCGCGCGCGACGAAGAAGGCGCCGAGCCCUUCUCGCUGCACAUCGUGACCUCGGUGAUCACACCAGUGCAGAAAUCAAAUUUUGCGGCGCUUCUCACGACGCGGCGCCUGCUCGACUGAUUGAUUGCGCACAGGUGAUCACGGGCGUCGUGGCGACGACGGUUGCAGCCCCCUUCGACACGAUCAAGUCGCGGGUCAUGGCGCGCGGCGGCAACGCGUGGACGGCGCUGCGGUCGCUCGUCGCGCGCGAGGGCGCCGCCGCGCUCCUCGCGGGCUGGUGGCCCGCCUACUGCCGCCUCGCGCCGCACGCGAUCCUCACGUUCCCCCUGCUGGAGCAGCUGCGGCGGCUGGCGGGGCUGGAGAAUUUUUAA